UCCUGUCCAACAGCAGGAGCAGAAGUCUGAGUCAAGUAGGAUAUAGAAGGAGUCAGGAGGCGAAACGGGUUGCACGGAGCGGGUACUCAAUUUAAGAUUGUAAAUAAGUUUGGUAAGGUGGUGCAGAAACGCAGUAGAAAGCGAGGAAACCUGCAGCGCAGACAAAGAGAUUUCAGCCUUGCAGCGUUAAACCUCCCAACAUCUGGUUUGGAGGACGGGGCGAGCAGGAGUGAGAAAGUUUAGAGGCGGAGAGAGAAUUAUCUCCGCUGGCGAAAAUGCUCUGAAUUUGGAGUUUAGUUUACCUGCAUGAGCCAUAGACAGACUUGGUGGUCGUGUGAAGUGACAAGAGUUUGGGGGGGAGAUUGGAUUGGAAAGGUCUCAGAGGGCUUGAAGUCCACCUGGAGCGACCAGAAAAUGAAUUAGUUCAAAGGCCCAGUUGCAAAGAGUUCUAGCCAGAAAGAAGGCUCAGUCACCUCCUCCCUAAAGAGCCAGGCCUACGCCCAUGGAUGAGGAGAGGAGUGCCGCUGCCAUUUCGCGAGAGCCACCUGACGAUGGAGACCCCGGUUUGCCAGCUCCACAACCAAGUUCGCAAACAAGCACAAACGCAGAGAGAGAAAACAGCUGUCCGAGCCCACAGCCCUGCCCUGGAGUUGAUGUGGGCCACACCUACACUGAGCCCCUCAUAUUGAGGUUAAAUGGCACCCCAGAACGGUUGCAAGGCGAUGAUGGCGACAACUGCCUCUCCGGCACCAGCAAUCCAGAUUUGGCGCUUACAGCACCUUACAAGAGUAUCACAUCUCAACCGGCAGCCAGAUCCACGCCCAUCCACCACACCCAGCCAUGUCGGUCACAGCCCAGCAGCCAGAUACGCAGUGAAGCCAAGAACCACGCACACACACGCUCCCCUCACACGCACUGUCCGAAUCACACGCACACACCUCACACGCAUGUACUCCAGUCCAACGGGGUCAGGAAUCCUAAGCUGGGCUCCCUACCGAGAGGCGGCUCAUCCACCUCCUCAUCUUCUUCAGCGGGACCCAAACACACUAAGAAAUUGCAGUCCAACCCUUCCAUCAACUCACAGAGCAGCAAGAGAAGCAAGAGCAGCUCCAAGAGCAACAGCUCCCAGAUUCCCACAGAGGCACAGGACGACUGCUGUGUUCACUGUAUUUUGGCGUGUCUCUUUUGUGAGUUUCUAACCCUGUGCAACAUUAUGCUGGACUGUGCCACAUGCGGCUCCUGUGUGGGAGAGGACUCGUGUUUCUGCUGCUGCUGCAUCACCGAGGAAUGUGGCGACUGUGACCUGCCCUGUGAUAUGGACUGUGGGAUCAUCGACGCCUGCUGUGAGUCUGCAGACUGCCUGGAGAUCUGCAUGGAGUGCUGCAGCCUUUGCUUCUCUUCCUGAGGCCCCUUAGCCAACGCAACAUAUCUGCUAUGCAUUUUUACAAAGCCCAGGAGCAAGUUCGAGCAGCGUCUUGUCAGAUAUAAGAAGUGCUACACCCAGUCGCUGUUCCCUGGACAUUGCGGUUCAUACUGUAUUGGCUGGUCUUGUAGGCUCCGCAAAAUGUCCAAUGUUUCCUACAGGCGAAAGAUUGUGACCUAAUGCUGAAAUCGGUCACCGGUGAUUUAUUCUUUCCUCUACUGAUCACGCAAUGACACAGUAAACUUCACUUCGUUGUCUUUGCUGUUGGCUCAUUGCUACACAGCUGGGUGAAUGGUGUGGACUGAAUUGUAGUUGUGGUCUAUGAGCGUAUGCCCGGCUAUGCAGACUCUGGACCCUCAUGGAACAAGCCAUUAUUACAAUGGAGCCCCUUGUGCCGUCUGAAUGACUGGAGUUCUCCAAGCAUGAAAAAUGACCUCUAAAGGCAAAUGAGAAAAUGGCUCAAUUUAACCGGAUUUUAGUGUUUCUGUAGAUAAGAGCAGCAGCAUAAUGGGAAAAUGGAUGCUCAGAUCUCAGUAGAAACGUAGUCUGUCCUUCUGUCCUUUCCAAGGUUAAAGUCUGGUAGUUUGAUUGCGUACAUUGGCCUUUGUGACACACACACACACAGUCAAACGUUGAAUCCAGCCCUGUCUUUGUCCUUGUUACAUUGUACAAAACAGAGAAAACAUAAAUGGUGGCUUGUGGCAAUAUUAGUGACUUUUUUUUGUUAAUAUGCAUCUUUCUCUGACUGACCUAUUGUGAAAAGAGAUCAUCAUGAGAUUGUUGUGCUUCAGCCUAGAUUUGAGUCCUGUUAAAUCAGUACUGUAAGGAACAGACAUCACAGAGCGAAUGGUUGAUAGCAUUUGCAGUAGAGUCUUUUUUUUAAAUAUGUGAAAAUUCAUUUAUUAUUUUGCAUCUUGUUUACUUUUACAUUUUAUUUUAGGGGCUUUGACUGUAUUCAAUGAAUUCUCGCUCAUCUGGUGAAGGACUGGAAGGCAUCAUCUGCUUUUUAAUACGUUUCAUUUUUCCUCCGUCGUUCAUACUAUGUGAACAAAUGGCCUCGGCUUAGCUUAAGGCCUGAAUUUUCAAGUAGUUUCUUUGCCUUUACCAAAUCUCUAUUAAUCCUUGUUUUGUAGAUUUUAGUUAAGAUAUUUGCAUCUCUCCUCUAAUGUGAAAAUCACAUUUCUGUGUUAUCGGGUUUUGCUGGGCUCUCUGUAAGGCAGACAUUGCUCAACAUCUAAUUUAAUUCCUUGAGUGAAAAUCUCAAGACAUUAUGCUAAGUUAGAUCCAUGUGCUCGUAGUAUGAAUGGUACACUCUUGAUAGCAGGCCUGCACUCUCGUACGCUCCGGCGCAUACCUUCUUCAACUCAAUACCUCUUGAGAUGUCAUCUAGAUCUGUUGUGCAUUUUAUAAUUACUUGAUACAAAUCUCUCUUUUCUCUGAUGAAAUACUGUUAGAGAAAUCCUUUAUUUUAAUAGUUUACUGUUACUGGAACUGAGUUUCUUGACCUAUAAUUACAUGUAAAUAGAAGUGCUAAUGUGGCUGUGUUUGAUUAAACCCUAUUUUAAGGGUUGCAAUCUCACACUGAUGAUGAAAACACAUUACAGUUUAAAUCAACUUCCUGACACCAAAGUAAAAAAUUCUGAAGCCAGCAAAUAUUACUCAAGAAGAGUUGCCUGAUUUUGACAUCAGUGUUCAGCUGACUAAAUUUUCAGUGACAUUGUGAAGAAGGGCUGAAAUGUUUUAACUCCUUACCCCUUGAAACCUUACUAGUAGUAAUCUUUGAAGCUCUUUUCUUAACUGAGCGGCUUCUCUCAUAUUUCAGGUCUGCUUGUAGAACAAGAGGACUGCGUUCGCAUCAUAUCGUGGUGAGGGUGGUCUCUGCCUGUGUAGCUACCCUUGGAAAAACCCAGAAACUAUUCUAAUGGUCAUCAAACUACGUCUUUAUUGAUAUAUACUAAGGUGUCAAAACUUGUCAUUAAGGGUACAUGGGAGGUCUUUAAAUGUUGCUUUUAUACUGUUCAAGCAGUACAUAUACUUUUUAUGAUGAAGAUUUUUGUUGUUCCAUGGCAGAAAAUGGGGGCAUAUAUGACAACUAAAACAAAACAAAAAAAUCUUUAAUAGCAUCAGCAGCCACCCAGAAUUGCAGAAUUAGAAUUAGAGAAUUAGAGAUGCAAUUGGUGCAUCUCUAAUUAAUAUCUGACUGGACAUAUCAUUCAAAUUUAGGGACAUUCUGAUUAACUGACGCAAAGAGCCCUGGAAAACAUGCCAUUAUUAAAGUACAGAGAGGUUUAUGAAGGGAGAACUAAUUAUCCAAGGAUAUAGCAUGUAUAGAAGUGAUAACAAUAUUAUUUCUUUAUAUUUACAAAAUAUUCCAAGUGGAUAUUCAUAUAAUGGUGCUUCAUCUAAGGAUCUACUUCUGUGUCACCAGACUAAACCAAAUAUCUCUGGUGUGUGCAAGGUUAACAUUUCCUUAACAACACUGGUUCGUUAACAAUGGAGAAUAAAUAAUAAAAAAUAGUUUUGUACCACUGGAAUAGAUUUCAUUUAUGUGCCUGCAUUGCUACAGAGUCAACAAAUAUAAUAGUACCACCAGACUCUAUUGUUAAAAGUGAAGGGCUAUUCUACGUAGAGCCUAGCCAGUAUGAGAUUUUAAAGCUCGAUAUUGAUAUUUCGUGAUGUAAAAAGCUGAUAUUCCGAUAUAUCGGCCCAUAUCGUUUUUUCUUCCAUGCACACAAAACAGGAUUUCCUUUACAUCUGUUAUAUGUAGCUAUUUAUUCGCUCGUUUACGAUUUUCCCGACUCUGCUGGUUGUUGUGUUUGUUCCAAACAUGUGUUGCAAACACAUAAGUUGCAGAGUGCCCUCAAGUGGACAUCGUCAACACCCAUGAUUUAAGGGUGUUUCUCCCAUGUCUUGUUUAGUUUUUUUUAAUUAUCAUUUAUCAACUGCUAUAAAUGACAACAGCCAUAGGUUAGCAAAUCACUAUUACUGGCAAGUAAUAUCCAUUCUGCCAGUUAGUUUACCUUACUAUGCAAUCUACUUGGCUAAGAUGUGUAAAAUUAUGAAUACGUAGUUUCAUGUUUCCUACCAUCAAAUUUUAUGCCUUGAACAAAGACAACCCAUUUGAAAUGCUUUUUCUAAUCAUUUAUGGUUUGUCAAAAUCCCAGACUAUAAGUUUCAAGGCUCUUAGCACUCUGCUGCAGUUUCUCCCUGAGCUCAGACUCCAGUGUAAAGCAGGCAAUCUUUUAGGCCUUUAAAACCAGGAUUAAUUCAGUGUGGGAAACUCACUGAACUUGCUUGUUGCGUUUAACUUAUUUUAUGUAACUUAAAUUCUCCAACAAAGGCUUUUUUUUACUCUGUUAACAUUUGACACUAUCUUGUGAGUUCUACAUUUUUCCAAAAGUAGCUUCAUCUAAGCUUUUCAGAAGAUAAAACAUAAUUGUGAACUAUAAACGCUCAGGAAGAAGGUGCAGCUUGUUUGAAUCCAGGUUGUACUAAAACAAAAAAAAUUGUACAGUUCAGUUAAAUUUCUUUAAAUAUAUUUUAUGAUUCAGUCAUUUCAUAUUAUUUUAUGUUUUGUUUCCCAGCUUAUAGAAAAUGGAUAUGGUCUGGAGGUACUGAAAAUGCUGUUUACUUGGUCUGGUGAUGGAGAGCACUCUCUGUCUGGACGUUGAAAGUUCCUAGAUGAGCGCCAGUUUUGCACUUAGAUCAAUCUCUAGAACAUAGAGAUGGUUUUGAGAUGUGGAUCUGAUGUGUUUAUAUCAAACAGUUCAUCAUCUCGUUUCGAAUAUUUCCCUUGUAUUCAGAGAAGCUAUUAUGGUAAUACUGGAAGAAAACAAGUUUGCUUUCAGUGAUUUUCAUGCUCAGUAUUAUUGUUUUGGGUUUUUUUUUACUCACAUUGACCAAAGAAAUGUCUGUUGGCUUUUAUGGCUUUUUUAUCUUAUUAUGGGAAUGGAAUAGAAUUGAAUUUCCAAAUUGAAUUUAAGGGCUGGCCAUCUCUGUUAAUAGUAUGAAAGUUAUCCAUAUCCCAGCUUAAAUGUUAGUAGACUGUAGUCCACUAUAAUGUUGUUUUGUUUACAUUUUUCCCAUGUAAUGUCUAUUUGAGUUGCUAUUCUGAACGUUGCCUUAACUUUUUGUUUAAUACUGAAUAAACAAUGUGA